GCACGAGGGCGGGGCGAGAGAAUCCCUUUUCCGGUUUCCCUUCUUAUUUCUCUUUUUCCAGGCAUGUUCGGCGGAGAGGAAGAUUUUUUUGAUGAUGAUGAUUUCUUGCAAGAUGUGUUACAGAUCGAGACAGCUGGAGAUAGCUUGAAUACAAAUGAGUCUGUAUCUCAAAACUUGCCAAAUGCAAGUUUUCAAGAUAAGAAAGUUUGUGAAGAAGUUUUAAAAAAACAGUUUGUUCCACAAAAAAAUGUAUGCGCCAGCAAGUACGUAACUGAUGACAGUUUUGAUUUUAGUGACGAUUUUCCUUUUGAACUGGGUAAUGAGGGUACUGUCAGCGGCCAACAAUCGCAGGGUGAUAACAUGCCACCAGAUUCUACUUUCUCAUCUCCUACACAGCACGAAGAUGGAGAUGGUAACUCUAUCAACUCAAAUAAAAUUAGUGAUGGAAAUGUAGAUUUUAGAUCAAAAAUCCUCAAGUCACUGAAUGUAACAAAGAAAUGUAAUCCUUUGUCACAAGAUAGCUUCAGAACCAAGGUUCUCCUGGAACCUGUGAAAAAUAACAGUAUAUCCACUUUACGGCCAGAAAAGAGGAAGGUGCCACAUGAUGUAUCUGGGAAUGACAAGACCUGUGCCUCCCUUAGCAAAAAAGCUCACUAUGGUGAAAAUAAUGAAUUUACAUUGGUGCCACAAUCAUCAUUACCAGUGAAUAAUAACCAGCAAGCUAAAGGGAAGAAUUUUGCUGUAUAUUCCACACCCAUCAAACCAGAUGCACCCAACAUCUGCACCAUCAGGAGCCCUGGGGGACCACUGAUCCAGAGAAGGAAGUUCCCAGGACCAGCAGGGAUCUUACCUGACCUGGGAUCCAGUGCAACAGAAUCUUCUGUACUAAAACUACAAGAGAAAGCUACUCCAGUUCCUGUGCCUCAG